UGUUACGUAUAAAUGGAAGGCAAGCCUCUCUUCCCCACCACACCAUCGCCCCCUGCUUCCAACAAAGCUGAACAAUCUCGGAAGCAAACAAGGGUCGUAUCCAUGGCUCCUAAGGUCAAGACCCUCGUUCUCGUUUUCCUGAUGUUGCUGAUGAUUUCUUUCUCCCUAGCAGGCUUGCCGGGGGAGGUUGAUGGUUCAGGCGGAAAACCCUCAUUUCCUAAGGUUGGUGAAAGACUGAAAAUGAGGAAGCUCAUGAUGGCCGAAAGCCUCCUUGACUACGAAGAUGUGUGCGCCAAUCCCAAGCAUGAUCCCCGGAAGAAGGGCUGCAAGAAUAAUCGUUGAUUCUCUCUAGAAUAAUCGUUGAUUCUCUCUCUCUCUCUCUCUCGGAUAUUAAUGCAAUGCGUCAAGAGACCAUAUGUAUUGUUACAUUCGAGCCAAGUAGAAAUGUCACGCACUGUAAUGUCUGCACUGUAAUGUCUGUCCUGAUGGUGUAAUAAUAAACCUCUGAGGUAUGAUAUUUAUGACGGAGUACCUGAAUUUUUCGCUCUUUAA